CUGCCUAGUUUGGUGCUCCCGUGUACAUGGCUAUUCUGUGUGCAUAUGUGUGUGUACAAACACGCAUGCAUGCCUGGAUGGACAUACGUAUGCAGAGGUUAUUUUUUAAGGACAAUUCUUUCAAUAAGGUCUUUACCCCUUACUUAAAACAGGUGUUCAUGAAAAAAAUGCACAAAAUCCCGACUGGCCGGAAUAAUUCAUGAAGAAAGGGCUGGAUUCGUGGGUCAGAGAACACAGGACCAGGUUGCCAUUCCAAGGCCGAAGGCCCCUCCAGCACAGUCCUCGGAGCGCUAGGAGUCUCUGACACCCUCCCCCCAUGAUGUUGCAGCUGCUGUCUGCCAGGAUUUGAGAUAUAAACUCAGCAAUUCUUGGAGUAAUUCAUGGAAAAGCCUCAAAAGACACUGGCCAGGAAAGCUCUGUCCUUCAGAGGGAGGAGCUGUGCAUGAGAGGAGGCAGCUUCAACAGGAGUGGACAUGAACACUGGUUUCCAGAGGGAAGAGCGUCUGAGUUUUGGCCACCGGAAGUGGUGCCUUCAGCACAGAAGAGCGUGAUUUCUCCUCUGAGGCCAUUGAUCUCCAACGCAGGACCACGGAGAAGACUAGGCUGGGACCAAGCCGGCCCUGGAAACAGCGUAAUAUCUCUUGGGCAAGGACCAGGGAUGACUGGGCCAUGGACACAGAGGUCCUCAACUUUCAGCCUUUCGCAUAGCACACAGGGGACUCGUGGAGGCCACUUGCCACUGCCAACCGAAACAGUACAAUGGCAAUACUGACAUCCUCUAUGACAUUUACACGGCAGACAUCCCAGCAGGAAAUGCUGGUGUGCAUUCUGUCUGCACAGUAGUGGGCCGUGCCUCACCAAUAUGAAUAGCUCAAGCUCUGACGACCUGCUCUGAGUCUACUUGCAGCCAGUGACACUUGCAAAAAACUCCCAAAGCCGUCUUGGCCUUGGCUUCCACAGUUCCUGACCAAUGUGGCCAAAGCUGGACACAUCCCUGGGACGCGAGGAUCAUUUGUAGAUGCAGCCUUCCCCAAAGCUCCCUGAGUAGCAUCUGAAGUCUCUGCAAAGGUCAUGGAUCCUGAACAAAGUGUCAAGGGCAUCAAGAAGGCAGAGGGAAGUCCCCGGAAGCGGCUGACCAAAGGCGAGGCCAUUCAGACCAGUGUUUCUUCCAACGUCCCCUACCCAGGCAGUGGCACAGCUGCCACCCAGGAGAGUGCCCCCCAAGAGCUCCUAGCCUCACAGCCUUUCCCAGGCCCCUCAUCAGUUCUUAGGGAAGGCUCUCAGGAGAAAACAGGCCAGCAGCAGAAGCCCCCCAAGAGGCCUCCCAUUGAAGCCUCCGUCCACAUCUCGCAGCUUCCACAGCACCCUCUGACACCAGCAUUCAUGUCACCUGGCAAACCUGAGCAUCUCCUGGAGGGAUCCACGUGGCAGCUGGUUGACCCCAUGAGACCUGGACCCUCAGCCUCCUUUGUGGCCCCUGGGCUCCACCCACAGAGCCAGCUCCUCCCUUCCCACACCUCCAUCCUUCCUCCUGAGGACAUGCCUGGCAUUCCCAAGGUCUUUAUGCCCCGCCCCUCGCAAGUCUCCCUAAAGCCUACAGAAGAGACACACAAGAAGGAACGGAAACCCCAGAAGCCGGGCAAGUACAUCUGCCAGUAUUGCAGCCGGCCCUGUGCCAAGCCCAGUGUGCUCCAGAAGCACAUCCGCUCCCACACUGGCGAGAGGCCCUACCCCUGUGGCCCCUGUGGCUUCUCCUUCAAGACCAAGAGCAACCUCUACAAGCACAGGAAGUCCCAUGCCCACCGUAUCAAAGCUGGCCUGGCCUCAGGAGUGGGCAGUGAGAUGUAUCCCCCAGGGCUAGAAAUGGAGAGGAUCCCUGGGGAGGAGUUUGAGGAGCCCACUGAGGGAGAAAGCACAGACUCUGAAGAGGAAACCAGCUCCACAUCCGGUCCCGCUGCAGAGCUCUCUCCAAGACCUAAACACCCCCUUCUUUCCAGUGGUUUGUACAGUUCGGGGAGCCACAGCUCCAGCCACGAACAGUGUUCCCUGUCCCAGUCCAGCGCAGCGCCCUCACUUGAGGACCCCACUCCAUUUGCAGAACCCUCGUCUGAGCAUCCUCUGAGCCAUAAACCCGAAGACACCCACACCAUUAAGCAGAAGCUGGCCCUCCGUCUAAGUGAACGAAAGAAGGUGAUCGAUGAGCAGGCAUUUCUGAGCCCAGGCAGCAAAGGCAGCACUGAGUCUGGGUAUUUCUCACGCUCUGAGAGCGCUGAGCAGCAAGUCAGCCCCCCGAACACCAACGCUAAGUCCUACGCAGAGAUCAUCUUUGGCAAGUGCGGGCGGAUCGGGCAGCGGACCACCAUGCUGACGGCCACCUCCACCCAGCCGCUCCUGCCCCUGACAACUGAAGACAAGCCCAGCCUGGUGCCUUUGUCUGUGCCCCGGACACAGGUGAUCGAGCACAUCACAAAGCUCAUCACCAUCAAUGAGGCUGUGGUGGACACCAGCGAAAUUGACAGUGUGAAGCCAAGGAGGAGCUCCCUGACCAGGCGCAGCAGCAUGGAGUCCCCCAAAUCCAGCCUCUACCGGGAGCCCUUGUCAUCCCAUGGUGAGAAGACGAAGCCAGAACAAUCACUGCUGAGUCUCCAGCAUCCCCCCAGCACCACCCCCCCUGUGCCUCUCCUCAGAAGCCACUCAAUGCCUUCUGCCCCCUGCACCAUCAGCACCCCACACCACACCUUCCGCGGUAGCUACUCUUUCGAUGACCACAUCACUGACUCCGAGGCCCCCAGCCGCAGCAGUCCAGUGUUUACCUCCCACCCCCGGAUGCUGAAGCGCCAGCCAGCCAUCGAACUGCCUUUGGGAGGCGAGUACAGUGCCGAGGAACCUGGACCAAGUAGUAAAGAUACAGCCCCCAAACCCUCCGAUGAGGCAGAGUCCAAGGAAAGCGAGCUCACCAAAAAGACCAAGAAAGGGCUGAAAACAAAAGGGGCGAUCUAUGAAUGUACCAUCUGUGGUGCUCGGUACAAGAAAAGGGAUAAUUAUGAAGCCCAUAAAAAGUACUACUGCUCAGAGCUCCAGAUCGCAAAGCCCCUCUCUGCAGGUGCCCAGGCAACUCCUGAAGCUGAUAAGAGCCAGGCGGAGCAGGAACCAUGGUCCCACAUGAUGCAUUACAAACUGGGGACCACCCUGGAGCUCACUCCACUGAGGAAAAGAAGGAAAGAGAAGAGCCUGGGGGAUGAGGAGGAGCCACCUGCUUUUGAGUCAACAAAAAGUCAGUUUGGCAGCCCCGGGCCAUCUGACGCUGCUCGGAACCUUCUCCUGGAAUCCAAGUCACCAGCAGAACCAGGUAAAUCAGUGCCCUCCCUGGAGGGACCCACAGGUUUCCAGCCAAGGACUCCCAAGCCAGGACCUGGGGCAGAGUCAGGACAGGAGAAGAGAACAACAUCCAAGGAAAUCUCUGUCAUCCAGCACACCAGCUCCUUUGAGAAACCUGACCCACCCGAGCGGCCUGGUGGCCUGGAAGGCGAAGACCAGACUCUGGCCCAGUUUUCACCUGCACCGCCUGCCCCGCAAGGACGCUCAGCUCACUCCCUGCAGCCCAGGUUGGUCCGCCAGCCCAACAUCCAGGUCCCUGAGAUCCUGGUGACCGAGGAGCCUGAUCGUCCUGACACGGAGCCUGAGCCACCCCCGAAGGAACCAGAGAAGACAGAGGAGUUCCAGUGGCCUCAACGCAGCCAGACACUUGCCCAACUCCCUGCUGAGAAGCUGCCACCCAAGAAGAAGAGGCUGCGCCUGGCAGAGAUGGCCCAGUCCUCAGGGGAGUCCAGCUUUGAGUCAUCCAUGCCUCUGUCUCGUAGCCCCAGCCAGGAAAGCAGUGUCUCUCUAAGUGGGUCCAGCCGCUCAGCCUCAUUCGACAGGGAUGAGCAUGGAAAAGUGGAGGCCAUUGGGCCCUCAUCAGACAUGCGCUCCAAACCCUUGGGCACCCACAUGCUGACUGUCCCCAGCCAUCAUCCACAUGCUCGGGAGAUGCGGAGGUCAGCCUCAGAGCAGAGCCCCAACAUUUCCCAUUCAGCCUACAUGACUGAGACACGCAGCAAAUCCUUUGACUAUGGCAGCUUGUCUCUGGCAGGCCCUUCUGUCCCAGCCCCAGCAGCACCCCCAGCCCCAGUGGCCCUGCCAGAGAGAAGAAAAUGCUUUUUGGUGAGACAGGCCUCUCUGAGCAGGCCACCAGAAUCCGAGCCAGAGGGAAGACAGGACACUGAGGAACUACAGCCCUCAUCCAGCAGAACUUCCACCAAAAGCUUGUUGCCCAGGAUCUCUUCAGCAGCCACCUUGCACAGUGGGCACGCAGGAGGCAAGAGCCAGGUGCAAGACAGGCCCCCACUGGGGUCCACUCCGCCCUACACGGAAGCUCUGCAAGUGCUCCACCACCCUGUCACCCAGCUGCCACUGCAGGACAAGCCGUAUCUGCCCCCACCUGUUUCUCUCUUCUCUUUCCAGCACCUCUUGCAGCAUGAGCCAGGACAAUCUUCAGAGUUCUUCUCUACACAGUCCAUGUGUGGGCUCCUCUCCUCCCCAUACUCUAUGCCCCCGCUCCCUCCCUCCUUAUUCCAGGCCCCACCACUUCCUCUCCAACCCACUGUUCUGCACCCAGGCCAGCUUCCUCUUCCCCAGCUGCUGCCUCACCCCGCCAACAUCCCCUUCCGACAGCCCCCUUCCUUUCUCCCUGUGCCAUACCCUGCCUCUUCAGCACUCUCCUCUGGCUUCUUCUUGCCGAUACAAUCCCAAUUUGCACUGCAGCUCCCUAGUGAUGUGGAAAGCCAUCUGCCCCCAGUCAAAACCAGCUUGGCCCCACUGGCAACAGGAUCUCCUGGCCCCUCCUGCAGUAUAGGGCACAGCACCAACAUACAGCUGUCCCCCACAGCUCCUCCAGCCAGCUCCUCGGCACCAACCUCAGCCCCUCUGCUGGCUCUGCCUGCAUGUCCAGACACAGUGGAGUCCCUAGUUGUUCCAGUCCGCAUUCAGACCAAUAUGCCAUCCUAUGGCAGCGCAAUGUACACCACCCUUUCUCAGAUCUUGGUCACACAAUCCCAAGGCAGUUCGUCCAGUGCAUCUCUUCCCAAGGGUGAGGAGCCCCCAGCUAAGGGGUUGACUGUGUGUGGAGCAGAUAUGUAUGAAUCUGGGCCUGGACCAUCUGGAUUAAGUGAAGAGCAAAGCAGAGGCUUCCAGACUCCAUACCUGAGAGUGCCUAUGACAUUGCCUGAAAGGAAAGGUAUGUCCCUGUCAUCAGAGAUUGUCUCAAGCCUAGAGGGAAGCUCAUCGACAGCAGGGGGAAGCAAGCGAGUCCUUUCACCAGCUGGCAGCCUUGAACUUACCAUGGAAACCCAACAGCAGAAAAGGGUAAAGGAAGAAGAGGCCUCUAAGGCAGAUGACAAACUUGAACUGGUGAAACCUUGCAGUGUAGUGCUGACCAGCAUGGAGGAUGGGAAGAGGACAGAGAAAUCCCACCUGGGAACCCAGGGCCAAGGCAGGAGGGACCCAGAAACACUGUCCAGCCAGUCCUCAGAUCAAACUGACCCAAAGGAGAUUCCUUCCCUCCCUCAACCCACGUUGCCCCAUGGGACAUCCCCAGGUGCAGAAGCUUCAAAGGAAUAUGCUCAGUCAUCUGGCAAACCUCACCGAAGAGGGGUCCCCCUACUGAGUGUGAAAAAAGAAGACUCCAAGGAACAACUGGACCUCCCUCCUCUGGCACCUCCAAGCUCUCUGCCUCUGUCCCCCAGACCAACCAAGUUACAAGAAGGUACGGACUCAAAGAAGGUACUGCAGUUCCCCAGCCUUCACACGACCACUAAUGUCAGUUGGUGCUAUUUAAACUACAUUAAGCCAAAUCACAUCCAGCAUGCAGAUAGGAGGUCCUCUGUUUACGCUGGUUGGUGCAUAAGUUUGUACAACCCCAACCUUCCAGGGGUUUCCACUAAAGCUGCUUUGUCCCUCCUGAGGUCUAAGCAGAAGGUGAGCAAAGAGACAUACACCAUGGCUACAUCUCCACAUCCUGAGACAGGAAGGCUUGUGCCAUCGAGUUCCCGUAAGCCCCGCAUGACAGAGGUGCACCUCCCGUCACUGGUUCUCCCAGAAGGCCAGAAAGAGGGUGCUAGCGUGGAGAAGGAAGAAGAGAAGCAAGGGAAGCCAGAGGAAGAUGCUCCCGCCUCCAAGAGAGUGGAGCCGGCGAGGAUCAAAAUCUUCGAAGGAGGGUACAAAUCAAACGAAGAGUAUGUAUAUGUGCGAGGCCGCGGCCGAGGGAAAUAUGUUUGUGAGGAGUGUGGAAUUCGCUGCAAGAAGCCCAGCAUGCUGAAGAAACACAUCCGCACCCACACUGACGUCCGGCCCUAUGUGUGCAAGCACUGUCACUUUGCUUUUAAAACCAAAGGGAAUCUGACUAAGCACAUGAAGUCGAAAGCCCACAGCAAAAAGUGCCAAGAGACAGGGGUGCUGGAGGAGCUGGAAGCCGAGGAAGGAACCAGUGACGACCUGUUCCAGGACUCUGAAGGGCGAGAGGGCUCCGAGGCUGUGGAGGAGCACCAGUUUUCAGACCUGGAGGACACGGACUCAGACUCAGAUGUGGAUGAAGAUGAGGAUGAGGACGAGGAGGACAGCCAAGAUGAGCUGUCGCGGCCAUCCUCGGAGGCACCCCCGCCCGGCCCACUGGCUGCGCUGCAGACAGAUCCCUCACCUGUUCAGAGCCCUCAGCCCCCAGAUGCCACCUCUGACCAUGAGGCCGCAAGAGGCCACACAGCCUCAGAAGCUGAGCACUUGACAGCUGGCAGCUGCUCCAUGUCCACUGAGAACAUCCUGGGCCUUCCCCAACUGAGACUGGCCCCUUUGGGCCCUGUGGAGAAGGACACAGUUUCAGCCCUGAGCUCCAUGGCUGUGUCCCCUAGAAGACCAUGGUCUCCAAGCAAAGAAGGAGGAGGCUGCCCACCACUCAUCCACAAACACUCAAUAACCAAAAAUGACUUGUCUCCCCAGCGAUGUUCCCCCGCCCGAGAACCACAGGCCUCAGUCGCAAGCACACCUGGCCCCCAGAUGGGCCCAGGAAGGGAUGUAGGCCCUCCUCCUUGUGGGUCUCCAAGACUUGAGCUGUCUCCUCCCACUUCCCACCCCCUUGGAAGAGAACUACCCCCUCGGGGGCAUCUACCCACCAAACUUGACACCACAGACCCAAGCCCCUCCAAACACUCACCUACCAAGAGAUGGUCUCUAUGUCAGGCCGGGUCACCGCCGUGGUCAGUGCUACCAGGGAAGUGGGCCCUGGCUGGGCCAGGCAGCACCUCUGCAGGCGAGCAUGGCCCAGGCUUGGGACCAGCUCCACAGGUUCUCUUCUCAUCUGCGCCUCUACCUCACAAGCUUCUCAGCAGAAGCCCUGAGCCCUGCACCUCCAUGUGGAAAGCUGAGCCCCGAAGUCCGUCCUGCUCACCUGGCCCCGCGCAUCCUUGCUCCUCCCGACCCUUCUCUACCCUUUCCGACUUCCACGGCCACGUCCCGGGCCGGACGGAGGAGAACAUCUUCAGCCACCUGCCUCUGCACUCUCAGCACCUGGCCCGAAGCCCGUGCCCCAUGAUUCCCAUCGGUGGGAUCCAGAUGGUGCAGGCCCGACCUGGGGCCCACCCUACCCUGCUGCCAGGGCCUUGUGCAGCCUGGGUCAGUGGCUUCUCAGGGGGUGGCAGCGACCUGACAGGGGCCAGAGAGGCCCAGGAGCGAGGCCGCUGGAGUCCCACUGAAAGCUCAUCAGCCUCUGUGUCCCCUGUGGCUAAGGUCUCCAAGUUCACGCUGUCCUCGGAGCUGGAGGGCAGGGACUACCCCAAGGAGAGGGAAAGGACAGGCGGAGGCCUGGGCAGACCUCCCGACUGGGAGCCCGCAGAGCCUGCUCCCUCACGUGGCCCCUGCUUUCCGAGGCCACCCCAUGGCCACCAGGCCACUCAGUCCUGGAGUCCCCACCUGGAGUCCUCGCACGCACUGGCCAACACUGAGGCCUCUGCCACCCCUGCACGGGACCGCAGCAGCUCCAUGGGCUGCCUGACCGAGGCUUGUGUUCACUUUCCAGCCCGGAGGAGGAACCUGUCAGGGGAACCCAGGACAAAGCAGGGCUCCCCUGAGCCCGCAGGUAGUGGGGAGCCCAGGCACCUCCACCCCAGCCCAAGGACAGGGACUCCGUGAGCACUUAGCUGCUCUCCAGCUGACUCAGCAUCUGGCUUCCAGUGUUCAGCAACAGACGUUUCCAGCCAGCCUCCUCGAGUCACCUUGCUCCCAGGGCCCUCUCUCGUUGUCCACCUGCCCGUGCAGCUCUGCUCAGCCCCAUCUGUUCUAGCUUCCCAUGUAUGCAGUUCCUGUGCCUUUUUCUAUACCUUUUGUUGCUUGAAAAGAGAAGAAAUAAUCACACACAUACAUAACAACAAAACCUGCGAAGAGCUUGAGGCUGUGAAUAGUUUGUGCUUUGAGGGAAAGGCUGUAAAAUAAGGGCCUCCUAACCUCCACCAGGCAGGCAGUUGGCAGCUAUGCCAGCCCCAAGGCCAGUCAGUUGUUUGCUGUGGAAAAGAAGACACACUGAAGGAAAAGAACAUCAGAAAUUAAAAAAAGAAGAAAGAAAG